CCCGAGUCUCUCUCCCUUCUUCUCUGGCCUCGUCUUUCUGAGUCUGGCUCCCCGGGCACUUUCAACUCCUUUUGUGGGUUAGACUGAUAGAUCGCACGAGAAUUCAACAUCCUUCUCUCCCCGUCUGUCUCCUAGCUGUAGCACCACAGCAGAUCACUCGCCCUCGAUUCGCCAACCCCGCGGUGUCGUGUGCUCUGCUGCUAUUUGUGAUUACGUUUCCUUCACAAUUCCAUAGGACAGUACUGUUGCGUUGAAGCAUCAAAUGACGGGACAUUGGGUUCUGUCUCCGUCAUCCCCAGCGUUACAUCUCUCAAUAGAAUAUCCGACCCUGUCAUGGUCUCCCUCGCCACCUCCUCGCGCAGCCCAGCGGCUGCAGUCAGACCGACCAACCCCUCCAAAAUGAGACCUGCCACCACGCCAGUGUCCAUCCUGAAGAGAUCUAAAACCGACAACACCACCCCCGGACUGAAACACCGAAUGGAAGAAAUGAAUCUCUCGCUCUCCUCGUCGUCCGACAGUCCCUCGCCGGACACGACCCCGAGUCCCCGCAAGCGACCUCGAGUACAGUUUGACCUGCGGCGGAUCACCUACGAUGGCAGAGGACCUGGGGACUCGGAGAAGAGCGCGGCCGUGGUACGGGAAGAGGUGCGCCGCGCCAUCCAGCGACACAUCUCGGGCGGCGGUAGCGAGACGUAUGAUCGGGUCAAGGAGAUUUUCACGGCGGAUCCGCGCAAGCGGGACGAGGACGGCAUGCUUGACUUCGAUGUACCUACACACACGAGCCUAAAGAACCAUCUCCUGGGACUGUUGUCCAACGUGGCGACCCUGGAUCGCAGUUGCAACGGGCUCGUCACCGCCGUGCUGAACAGCCAGUGGCUCGGGCGCGAUGAAUCGUACGUCAAGCUGUAUAUUCGCUUCCUGGGCAAUCUGGCUGCUGCCCAGGGAGUCUUCCUGGGAGCGGUGCUCAUGAUGCUCGUCAACUACAUGGCCGAGCUCCCCGGCGGUGUCGGUAAACUGCCAGGCUAUGCGCACGUCGAAGCGAAGGAGCUGUACACCCGGGUUCACAUGGCUCUUCGGUAUGUGAUGGGAUUGGUUCCAUCUAGCAGCGGGGCCCUGUCGCCGAUUUUGUCCCUCCAGUUCCCUGCCACCUCGAGCUCGGCUAAAGCCAAUAUCGCAUAUACCCGAAACCUCAUCCGGGUCAUCGGAUAUGCUCCUGAACUGCAGGCCGACAUCCUGGCGCUCAUUACCGACCGGCUUGUCAAGGUUGAUGUUCAAAUCCAGGUAGAUCUGGAGGAUAUUGAAGAGGAAGAAGAGGAAGGCGUUCUGCAAGACGUCGCGCCUGAGGCUACCAUGUACGCCGAGAACGAGGACGAUGACGGCGACUUCGACGACAACGACUCGAUCCUGAGUGACGACUCGAUGGACGGCGAGACGCGACGCAUCAAGACCAUCAAGGAUAACAUCCUCAAGCUCGACGGCAUGAUUGACUCCCUCUUCGAGUACUACGAGCCCCCGUUCACAACGGGCACCUUGGACGACAAGGAAAACGCCCUUGACCUUUUGAUCAGCCAUUUCGAGACCAUCAUUCUCCCCACCUAUAAAUCCCGGCACACGCAAUUCAUUCUGUUCCAUUUCUCUCAAUCCUCUCCCUCCCUGGUGGAUCGCUUUGCGGCAACAUGCAUCCAACUUAUCUUCAACAAGAUGCAGCCGGCCAUCACGCGCCAAUCCGCCGCCGCCUACCUGGCCAGUUUCGUGGCGCGCGGCGCGCACGUUUCGGGGGACGUCGUGCGAGAUGUGUUUGAUCUGCUGGGUACACAUCUGAACGGUCUUCGCACCGACUACGAGGCCACCUGCCGCGGACCGGAUCUUCGCCGCUACGGGCCGUUCUACUCGACGGCGCAGGCGCUGCUGUACAUGUUCUGCUUCCGCUGGCGGGAUCUGACGACGGCGGCGAUGGAGGGCGACAGCGUCGAGCAGGUGGACGAAAUGGAUACCGACGAGAUCACCUUCCCUCCGAUGGUCAAGGAGGUGCUGCACCAGGCCGUCCAUUCCAAGCUGAACCCGCUCAAGGUGUGCUCGCCGGCGAUCGUGUCGGAGUUCGCCCGCAUGUCGCAGCACCUGAACUUCAUGUACGUGUACAGCAUCCUCGAGACCAACAAGCGCGUGCGCAUGUCGUCGCAGCGCAACCUCUCGACGCUGGCCGAUCCCCGCUUCCACCAAAUCGAGCGUGAGACGCGUGCCGGCGACGACCUCGGGUAUCAACUCGACGCAUACUUCCCGUUUGAUCCGUACAAGCUCCCUCGCAGUGGCCGCUGGCUGGAAAACGACUACGUCGAAUGGCGCGGCAUCCCGGGGCUCGAUGACCACGAAGACUCGGACAGCGAGGCGAACGAUGGUGAAUCGGAAGACGAGAUGAGUGAGGAUACUGGAACAGAUGAGGAAUAAUUCCAAUUCUGACUCCAAAAAAAACAAGGGACAUUUUCUACUAUUGUUUUCGGAUCUUUUGGCAAUGCUCAAUACCCCCUUAACCAUUUGAUUGAUUGAUUCACGCAUGACGCAACCAUCAAAAAGUGACUGGCAAUUUUCUCGAAGCGUGGCGUUUGGUUUUUUUCUCUCUAGGCAGCGAUUUGAUGUAUACUAUUGAACGAUUUAGGGCUGAAUGAAUGAUCUAUCCAUGUC